AAGGUCAGCAUUUCGUUGCAGAACAGUCUCCUUCAGCUCGCCCUCCAACCGGUGACGCCUGCUUCUGCCUUGUGUUGUGAGGAACACUUCCAAAGAGUCACUUUAGUGUAACACUAACACAGUCUUCAACUGGUAUAAUGGCCGUGCCUCCCGCUUAUGCUGAUUUGGGCAAGUCUGCCAAGGAUAUCUUCAACAAAGGCUUUGGAUUUGGCCUGGUGAAGCUUGAUGUCAAGACAAAGUCAGCCAGUGGAGUUGAAUUCAAAACAUCUGGUUCGUCCAACACCGAUACCAGCAAAGUUGUCGGUUCCCUGGAAACCAAAUACAACCGGCCUGAAUAUGGCUUGACCUUCACUGAGAAGUGGAACACUGACAACACAUUGGGAACAGAAAUUGCUAUUGAAGAUCAGAUUACAAAAGGACUGAAGUUGACAUUUGACACAACCUUCUCACCCAACACUGGCAAGAAGAGUGGCAAAGUUAAGACCGCAUACAAGCGUGAAUACAUCAACUUGGGCUGCGAUGUUGACUUUGACUUCGCUGGUCCCACAAUCCACGGAGCUGCUGUCAUUGGUUACGAGGGAUGGCUCGGAGGUUACCAGAUGAGCUUUGACUCCGCCAAAUCCAGAAUGACCAAGAGCAACUUCGCCAUCGGCUACAAGACGGCAGACUUUCAGCUACAUACAAACGUCAAUGAUGGAGCAGAAUUUUGUGGCUCCAUCUACCAGAAGUCCAGUGACAAGCUGGAGACUGCAAUCAACCUGGCCUGGACAGCUGGCAACAACAGCACAAGCUUUGGCAUUGCUGCCAAAUACCAACUGGAUAAAGAUGCCUCUUUCAGUGCUAAAGUUAACAACAGUAGCCUUGUAGGUCUUGGCUACACCCAAACUCUUAGACCAGGUGUGAAACUGACUCUCUCUGGUCUGAUAGAUGGAAAGAACAUCAAUGUCGGAGGUCAUAAGCUGGGUCUGGGUUUGGAACUGGAAGCUUAAACUGUCCUCAUGCAGCAAGGGACAAGGGAAUAUGAGACUAAUCGGGCCGUAAAAGUAUGUCCAACUCAAACCAGCAAAGGGAAAUCAUAGAGAUCGGUUCAAAGGCUUCUGCAGCACCGUCUCGGGCACCACUUCAUGUUGGUGCUUCAGAAUAUUUUAUUUUUGUUGAUGCUUUUUACUUUGCAAUUGCAUCACACCAAAAGACAUACAUUGUCAUAUUAUUUAUACAUUUUGUCAUUGUUUCUGUUCACCAUUGCUACGAUAAUUGUAAUAAUCCAAUCUAUCAGUACAACUGUGUGUGGCUUUAGUGUAAUGAUCCCAGGCACUCCAACAUUGUCCUUUUUAUGUGAAAACACAACAUUAACUUUAGGAUUGUCAUACUUUACCUCCAAUAUCUGCAAUCAUAACUUUUGGUAUUCUUUGCCAUCAUAGCAGUUAUCAAAUCCAAAACUAAAAUUAAUUUUGAUUUGUGUUUAAAUACUAAUAAUGCACACACACGGAUGUCUUGUGUCUUGUUUUGGCAAAGCUACACAUGUGACCUUAUCCUAAACUGAUCAUGUUUGGGGUUUCUUUCAGUGGUUGAGAAACCUGCACGUUGGCUCGCCCAAACAGAGUUAUAUUUUGUUAAUUAUGCAGUAACAGAUUAACUGUGGAGCACACAAUGUUCAAGUGAUGCCAAACUAUAAAAUUAUUUGGAGGACUAGAGUAAAGUUGCACAUGUGCACCAUGUAAAGCUAUGUUUCUGUUCCGAGAGGAGACCAAUCCUGUCAAGAAGUCUUUGAGGUCCCUUUGUGUAUGUAUGGAUUUUCAAUAAAGUCUUUAAAGUCA